UAUUUGGUAUUUUGUUGUGCGCACGUUGUUGUCAUUGCAUUUGACAAUAAAUCCAAGUUAAAAAUAUGCGCAAUCUCAAGCUGCAAUAUUGCAAGGAGAAAAAAACCGGCAUACAAAAUCCAAAGCAACUGUUGCUCCAGCCGGACAUCGAUCGCAAGGAUAAUGAAAUCAGCUACAUCAUCACCGAAAACAAAGUCUUCACCGUCGAUGAAACAAACGAGCCGAAAAUAAUCGCCGAACUCCCCGCGGAAAUAGUCAGCGCCGAGUUUCUGCAGCUCGAGAAUGCGAUCUGUGUGGCGACAGCCGCUGGCGAAGUGCUGCUCAUCAAUCCCGACACACUGGCCACCAGCGAGGGCACCUUCUGUGACGUUGGCAUCGAGUGCAUGGCCUGGUCCCCCAACCAGGAGGUGGUCGUCUUCAUAACUAAGGCAAAGAAUGUCGUCGUGAUGACCUGCACCUACGAUGUACUCGGCGAGCAGCCACUCGAUGCUCAGCUCGCCAGCGAACAGCAGUUCGUCAACGUGGGCUGGGGCAAAAAAGAGACACAAUUCCAUGGCAAUGCCGGCAAACAGGCUGCAAAGCAAUCUGCCGAGUUCCAACCGCCGACAGAUGUGCAACAGUUGCCACAGGAUGUGCACAUUGCUUGGCGUGGCGAUGGCGCCUAUUUUGCCGUCUCGUAUGUGGCCAGCCAAGUGGGUCGCACAUUCAGCGUCUACGACAGCGAGGGCAAGCUGCAGCAUACGGCGGAGAAGUGGAAUGGCAUGCAAACGCCGCUCGCUUGGCGUCCCAGUGGCAACUGGAUUGCCCAGCCGCAAGUCUUUGCUAACAAAUCGACGGUGGCUCUUUUCGAGAAGAACGGUUUGCGUCAUCGGGAAGUUGUGCUGCCCUUCGAUCUGAAUGUCGAGCCCAUUGUGCAGCUGCGCUGGAGCAAUGAUUCGGAUAUAUUGGCGCUGCACACAGCAACAGCGGAUGCCCAGCGUAUUUAUCUAUAUACGAUAAACAAUUAUCAUUGGUAUCUGAAGCAGGUGUUGGUCUACAAGGAGCUCGAAAAUCCGCUUGCCUUCUUCCACUGGGAUAGUCGGCUGGGCGCCGAGCAUGUGCUGCACGUGCUGCUCGAGAGCGGCCAGCGUUAUACGCAUCGUUGGCAUUUCGCCAUCGAUUGCCAGCCGGGCACAGCAAUUGUUUAUGUCAUCGAUGGGCAACGUCUGCUACUCACCGAUUACAACAAGGCUGUGGUGCCGCCACCCAUGUGCUGGCGCACUAUUGCCUUGUCCGCUGGGCAGUAUAUAAAUGCCGUUGGCUGCUGCAAGUCCCACAUAGCCAUUUAUACUAGCGAACGGGCGAUUCACUUGUACAACUCCGACAAGCACUCCAUUUACAACAGCGCCAAGCCGCAUGUGGAACUGUCGCAAAUCCAAUUGGCAAACUUCUGCUGCGACAAGUUGGGCAAUCUCUAUGCCACCCACACUUUGGCCAAUCAUACGCGGCUCAUGCUGUUCUCCACGUUCGUCGUGGGCGAAGAUUAUCAUAUUGAGUGUUCGUUGCGCAUCACGGGCACCAUUAAUGCUUUAACCGAGGGUCCAGUCAGCUCAAAUUUCAUCUAUGUGCAGACUUUGAGUAAUCGCCAGGUCUACGAAAUUGCUCUAGAGAGGAAUCCCAAUCAGCUGAAGCUGAAACGCACCUAUUUGCAACUGCAGCAGUCAGCGGAUCAAAUGCAAUUCUACAGCUGCGGCAAAACAUCAGAGGGUCUGAUCACGCUGCGUUCGCAGCAUCUGCUGCAGAUCGAUGAGCAGAGGAUGGCGGAGGAUGUCACCUCGUUCUGUGUGGUGGGCAACUAUCUGGCCUACACCCAGCUGAACGCGCUGCACUUUGUGCGUUUGCUGGAUCGCCGCGUUGUCGACACGCGCACCAUUGAACGCGGCGCCAAAUUGGUGACUGGUGGCGCUGGAGAUGCACGGCUGGUGUUGCAAUUGCCGCGCGGCAAUCUGGAGAUGAUCUGCCCACGGGUGCUGGUGCUGCAGCAUAUCGGGGAUCGAUUGCGACCACAUUACUUCGAGGCGGCGAUGCGAAUUGUGCGCAAGCAGCGUAUCAAUUUGAACAUCAUCUGUGAUCACGAUGUGCAGCAAUUUGUGGAGUUCAUCGAUUGGUUCAUCGAGGAGAUUCAUGAUAGCCAAUGGCUCUGCCUGUUCCUCAGCGAGCUGCAGAACGAGGACUAUGCUUUGGGCAUGUAUGCCAGCAACUAUGACGCAGCCAAGCAACAUUUUCCCCUCAACUAUAGUGCGGAUCGCAAAGUGGAAUUUAUUUGUCAACUGAUGCUCGGACGCAUGGAGAAGGCGGAGGAGCCGAAGCUGAUAGCACGCUAUCGUCUGCCGAUUAUAACGGCCUAUGUGAAACUGGGCAAACUGGAGCAGGCACUCCAAUUGAUCUGGCAGCAUAAACAAAAGGAUUCCACGUUGGCCGACCAGCUGCUCAAAUAUCUGCUGUAUCUGGUGGAUGUCAAUGACCUGUACAAUGUCGCCCUGGGCACCUAUGACUUCGGACUGGUCUUGUUUGUCGCACAGAAAUCGCAAAAGGACCCCAAGGAGUUUCUGCCGUAUUUGAAUGAGUUGAAAUCGUUGCCGCUGGAUUAUCGCAAGUUCAAAAUCGAUGAGCAUCUGAAGCGUUACGAGCGUGCCUUAACCCAUCUGGCUGCAUGUGGCGAGGAGCACUACGAUCUGGCGCUGGAGUUUAUCGACCAGCACAAGCUGUACAGUCGGGCGCUGAUCAUCUAUCAGUCGCAAUCUGUUUUCCAUAAGCGCAUCUGUGUCGCUUUCGCCGAUCAUUUGCGUGCCAAUGCCCAACUGGAGGCGGCCAGUCUCAUGUACGAACGUGGCGACCAAUUGCAGCAGGCGCUGCUCAGCGCCCGCCACACGCUCGACUGGCAGCGAGUGCUGCUCCUGGCACAGCGCGACGGCACGGUACCAUUGGAAGAGAUCGCUCAUUCUUUGGUGGCACCGCUGCAGCAACAGGAUCGCCAUCUGGAGGCCUACGAGCUGAUCAAACGCUUCAGCCAGCCGGCGAGUGAGGAGCCGCUGGAUGUCCUGAUAAGGGGACAUCUUUUUGGGCGUGCCAUCUACGAGGCGGGUCUGCUGACAGCCGCUGGCGCCGCUGAUCUGUUGACUGAACGAGUGAAGCCAGCGUUGAUCGCCUAUGUGGCACAAUUGGAGGGUUCACUGUGCGCGGAUCGCAAGCUCUUCGGGGAGCACAAACAGCGUCUGCUGGAGAUACGCAAGCGUCAGGCGGCAAGCGCUGAUGGCGGGAACGAUGAGCACGAUGUGGACAUUGAUGAGGUCGAUCUGCUCUCGGACACGAGCAGCAUGCAAUCCUCAAGGCACAGCGGCAGCUCACGUGGCACCGGCAAAACAUUUCGCUCCAGUAAGAAUCGUCGCAAACACGAACGCAAGCUGCUCAGUCUGAAGCCGGGCAAUCCGUUCGAAGAUAUCGCGCUCAUCGAUGCGCUGCACAACCAAAUCACGAAGAUCGGCCAGCUCCAGCAGCAGCAACUUGUGCGUGACACAUGCAAAGCACUGCUCCAGCUCCACACCGAGGAUGCCCAAGCAGCAAUGUUGCAGCGUCAAUACGACAGCAUCUUGUCGGAGGUGCAAUCGUCGCUGGACGAGAUCUGGAUACCGGAACUAAUGGGCGGCAGUGCGCAGCACUUGACCGGACCCAAUGUCGACUAUCUGGCGUUGCGAAAGGAACAGCGUUAUGCAUUAAUAAAUCCCUUGAAGCGAUUCAAGCCACAAUUGAACAUUAUCGACUGGAAGCAUGGCAUAUUGCAUUAGUUCUUAUCAUUGUCGUUAUCGCUCUUUCGCUGUUUUAAAUGCAGAUUUCCAAUUUCCAAUUUGCGUGCAUUCAAUUUUCACUUUUCAUGCAAAUCCGGCGGACUUCAAAACUCUCAUUUACUUUCACUAGAUGUUCCAGCUGAAAUAAGAAAUAAAUGUUGCAUUAAACAACAAACUAA